AUGGACUGUUUCUGGCACCGGCAGCACGACACGCACGUUGUGCGCCGUCAGCAGCAGCAGCGUGAACAGCUCGUUGACGACGAUCAUGAGCAGCGCGGCCGGGUGCAGGAUCUGGUGCGGGCCGUAGCUGAGCACAGCCUUGGAAAAUGCAAACGUCGAGGCCAAAAUGUAGAAAAAGAGCAGCUCGAAGCACGUCACAAAGCACAGGAACCACACGUAGUUGUUCUGCGCCACGAUUGUGCCGAUGUAGAGGCAGUAGUGGUCGAACCGCGGGAUGCAGCAGCCCCGUGUGGAGGAAUGGUGCGCACGCAGCGUCUUGAUCGAACGGCACUGUGCACACCAGAAGGGCAAGCCGUCAGCGUUGCACAGAAACAUCUGCGGCGGCGCGAUCAGCGCCGCGUCGUCCACGACCGACGGCGAUUUCUCAUCCAGCUCGCCGCGCACAUACAGCUGUCCGUUGGCGUAGUAGCUGCUCAGGUUGUAGGGCGGCACCGCCACAGGGAGCGAGCCGGGGCCAGCGGCGAAGAUGAGCGCCCACGACGCCAGAACCAGCGCCGCGAGCACCACUUCCCCGACAAUCAGCCCCACGCCAGCGGAAUGACGGCCCGAGUCGUAGAUAUUUGUCUUGCACACCACGUAGCAGUAGGCGUAUUGGAUGUAGAGCAGGUAGAUGAAUACUCCGACAGGAAAGACGCGGCGCAGCACGUGGCGCAGCAUCAUAGAGUCUUCAGGUGA